AUGCCUUAUGCACCCCACGGUACACUCGCCGAUCAGAUUUUCCAAAAUCGCCAUUUUAUUACCAACCCAUCUCACGUCAAGCCAUUCUUCCAACAGAUGGUCUCGGCAACAUCGUUCUGUCACGCAAAUGUGAUAGCACAUUGCGAUCUCAAACCUGAAAACAUCCUCUGUUCGUCGGACCAAGUUUACAUUGCUGACUUCGGCCUUGCCAUCAAUCAAACGAGCAGUUCCCAAUUUUGCCGAGGAACCCGAGCUUACAUGUCACCUGGCCAACACCGCACUUUAUCGAUAGUGGCCAAUUCUCCUAUCAUUGCGAAAUCUUUGUUCGUUGAAGAAAGUCAACGACCAAAAGCUCAUGAAUUACAUCAAGGCUUCUUAUCGUAG